AUGGUUUUCUCCAGCAAGAAGUUAAGCGUUGCCGCUUCCCUUUUCACAUUGGCCCUUGCCGAUCCAUGGCCAAAGCGUGGCCUGGCUGCGAACGAUGAUGUUCCCAUCUCGCAGUUUAGCGGGUCGUGGAAUGGCCACGGUUCGCAGGUCAACUGGCAGUACAACUGGGAUAGCACAACCAACCAGAAGCAAAGCUGGGCGGAGUUUAUACCUAUGUUGUGGGGCACGCAGAGCUACCAUACCACCCAGUGGUUCGACAAUGCAUGGUAUUGGAUCAACAAUGGAGGCUCAGGGCACUUGCUGGCCUUCAAUGAGCCAGAACAGGGUGGCCAGGCCAAUCUGAGCCCUGGCGAUGCUGCCAAUGCGUGGAGGCAAUACAUGGAGCCUUUCUAUGGCCACGCGCAACUCGGUGCUCCUGCUGUCUCCAACGACGGUUACAACUGGAUCAGCCAGUUCUUGCAGGCCUGCAGUGGCUGCCACAUUGAUUUCAUUCCCAUUCACUGGUACAAUGAUUGGACCCUGGAGAACGACUUUGAAAACUGGGUCAACAGUAUCUGCUCGCUUGGCGGUGGCCGUCAGGUCUGGAUUACAGAGUUCCAAGCAGGCGGAACCAUUGACCAGCAGAGUACAUUUUUGCGAUCGGCGAUCCCGUUCCUCGACAACAACCCUUGCGUCUACCGCUACUCUUACUUUGGUACCGCGGACAAUUCCAAGGUGUUGCUACAGAACGGCGGACCUGCCCUUUCUCCCCUGGGAGUUCAAUAUACCUUUAGCCCUUAUGGCUCGGGCAAUGGACCUAACUAA